AGCUUUAUCGUCUCGCGCAUGUCACAUGCCUCAGUCUAACUUUACGGGAUUUUAACGGUUUACAAGUAAUGUAUUUGGAUAGCGGGCUUAUAAACUUAAAGCUAACUCGAAUAUGGAUCUAAUGAUUUUAAUACAUGACGGAAAGAUUCCCUGUUAUUCAGAAUAUAGACAAAAUAUGUGGAGUGGAUAUGUCACGUGACACAAACCGGCCAAUCGGGGCCCAUUACGCUUACACAACGGGACAGUAAUGGCUGUGAUGUUGUUGUCCUCGGAUGUGUAAGGUGGUAUACCUUCAAAAGAACGUGGCACUGUAAUUUCCAGAUUAAACCAACUUAUUUUCAAAGUUGUUAAAACGAUUUUAUGUGUUUAUUUCUCCCCGAAAUUACUGAUUUCUACUAAAUUUACGAGUCUUCUGAAAUCAUGUGAUGGAAUUAGCCAAUCAAAUUACGCCCUUUUAAACGAAAAAUUAUAUAAAGCUUUGCAGUCGCGGCUCUUUACUGCGAUGCAAUUGACAGAAGCCCAUGGUGUGCUGGAGAAUCUAGCGAAUAAUAUGGACCCGAAGAGCCAUCCGGCGCUGCAAGGGUACCAGCCACAUGCCCCAAACGUCAAUCCAGGGGCAAAUGGAGACGUUAAUAGUCCACCAAAGAUGAAUACCACUGCAGAAAAUAACAUUAAAGACAUGAAUUCAACUGCUGGUGGUGGUGAUUCAAGGGGUACUACUCCGCAGCAGCCGAGAAAGGGCCGGCUCACAAAUCAACUUCAGUACCUCCUGAAGGUAGUCAUUAAGGCUAUGUGGAAACACCACUUUGCCUGGCCAUUUCAUGUGCCAGUCGAUCCUGACAAAUUGGGUUUGCCUGAUUAUUUCAAGAUUAUCAAGUGUCCAAUGGAUUUAGGAACAGUAAAAAAAAGAUUAGAAACUAACUUUUAUUAUUCUGCUGAAGAUUGUGUCCAAGAUGUCAACACAAUGUUUACUAAUUGCUAUGUGUACAACAAACCUGGAGAUGAUAUUGUGCUGAUGGGUAAAGCUUUAGAAAAAGUAUUUUUGCAGAAACUUAGUCAAAUGCCAGCAGAGGAAAUAGAAAUCCAAGCCCCAUCAAAAAAAGGUCCACGUGGUGCUGCAGCAGCAUCUAUGGCUGCAGCCCAAGCAAGACAAGCAUCUAAAGGACCUGUAGUUACAGAAGUCCAACCCGAAUCGGUGGUUGCACCUACAACUGCCACAUCCAGUGAACCAAGCUCUGCUACUACACAGACCCAAAUAUACAACAGUAUACCAUCACCGUCUGCUUCAUCUGAUACAGCUCCCCACUCCCCAGUAUCAAGUAGAGUCUAUGUUUCUCCUAUAGCAACUCUACCUAAUUCCACACAGUCGAACACUAUCAGCCAUUCUAUUAGCAAUUCAGAAAAUGAUAUGUCACCGUUACGGCAGUCUGGUGUUACCCCACCAAUACAGCCAACCAAGGUAGAUUUUCUUAGUAACUGUUAUAUUUACCACAACGAUUUACCAAAUCGUCAGUCUGGUGUUACCCCACCAAUACAGCCAACAAAGUCAAAAAAAGGGGUAAAAAGGAAAGCUGAUACAACAACUCCCUCCUCUUAUGUCCCUGCUGGUCCUCCAUAUGAUACAGUUUAUCAACCACCUAGAUCUUUAUCAAAAUCUGGUAGGAGGGAAAGCGUUCGACAAAUUAAAAAACCCAAACGAGACCUGCCAGAUGAUCAGGUUGGUUCAGAUGCACAACACAGUUCAAAAAAUAAAAAGGGUAAAUUACCUGAUAUAUUAAAAGCUUGUAACUCCAUUUUAAAAGAUCUUCUUUCAAAAAAACAUCAGGGAUAUGCAUGGCCCUUCUACAAGCCAGUAGAUGCCAAAGGUUUAUCUUUAAAUGAUUAUUAUGAAAUAAUCAAAAAGCCAAUGGAUCUAGGAACUGUGAAGAAAAAAAUGGAUAAUCGUGAAUAUAAAUCUGGCACAGAGUUUGCAGAUGAUGUUCGUCUUAUUUUCACAAAUUGUUAUCGAUAUAAUCCUCCAAAUCUAGAUAUUGUGUCAAUGGCUAAAAGGUUACAAGAUGUAUUUGAGCUCAAAUUUGCUAAAAUACCUGAUGAAUUACCAAACACGCCAGAACCAACUCCACCCUCAGCUGGUGCCUUAGGUGUGAAGGAUGAAGGCAAAUUCAGUGAUUCAUCACUUAGCAGCAGUGCUGCUUCUAGUGACAACGAGGAUGAUAGUGAAGAAGAAAGGGAACAAAAAUUAAAGGAAUUGCAGGAACAAUUACAAAGAGUACAGGAGCAACUUUCUAAGUUGACAUCAGAACAUAUGAGUAAAUUAAAAGAAAAACGGGAGAAACAAAAAAAGAAAAAGAAAAAAGAAAAGAAAGACAAAGUGCAUAAAGAGGAAAUAACAGUAGUGGCUCCCCCUCCCGUAGCUAGUGUACCUUUAGAGACUCCUAAACCAAAGAAAAAAGCCAAAGCUAAAUCUCCUGUGCGCAAUUCUAAACGACCAAAAUCUAUUAACAGUCGAGCUUCUAGUUCCAAGAAAAAAUCAGUUCCUAGUUUACCUUUAAUACCACCUCCUGAUAGUGAGGAUGAGGACAAUGCCCAACCAAUGACUUAUGAUGAAAAACGUCAACUUAGUUUAGACAUUAACAAAUUGCCAGGCGAUAAGCUUGGACGUGUUGUACACAUAAUUCAGUCAAGAGAACCGUCCCUGCGAGAUUCCAAUCCAGAUGAGAUUGAAAUAGAUUUUGAAACAUUAAAGCCAUCCACACUCAGAGAACUGGAAUCUUAUGUGAUGUCCUGUUUAAAAAAGAAACAAAAGAAACCAUAUGUUCGAAAAGCCAGUGGGAAGUCUAAAGAAGAUGUUCAAAAAGAAAGAAAAAAAGAAUUAGAAAUGAGACUUCAGGGUGUUCAAGAACAGCUUGGGACUUCAGCAAAAAAAAUAAAGAAAGAAGAAAGUAACACUGUUGAUGUGGUUGGUGGUCCAAGUCGACUAACAAGCAGUAGUAGUUCAUCUGGUAGUGAAAGUAGUAGUGGUAGCAGCUCUUCUAGUUCCUCUGAAUCCAGUGACUCAGAAUCAGAAAAGAAAAAAAGUCAUUCAAAGACAAAAAUGACAUCAAUAAAACAUGCACAGCCAAGCCCUGGAAGAUCUCCGCCUGUUCGAAUAAUGAUUGGAGGUAGUCCUGCUGUAGUUACCUCUCCACCACCUGUUUUGUCACCAAGAAAUGUGUCUCAGAAUUCCUUUCCUCCUGGGAUUGCUAAUGUUCCUGCUAAUCUUCCUACAACAGGAAUGCAGUCUAGCAAAUCAAUAUCGCCUGGAAGAGCUUCUGCCCCACCGGCAAGGCCUAUAACUCACAAUCUACCACAGCAGCCAAGUCGACCGUCUAGUAUGGCUACAGCUAAACCUCAGACCAAAAGUACCAUUCCAAUGAAUAGUAACAACUUAACUGGGAAUGGACCAUAUGCUGUUAAUACAACAAAUGUUUCAGUUAGCAGCAAUAUGUCUAGUGGAAAUACCACAUUACCUACUAACAACAACGGUAUUAAUAACAUGGGUGGCUAUAACUCAAAUAUGUUGUCUUCACAAAAUCUGUCUCCUCCAAUGUCGACCAUCUCCCCACAAAGCAAACCUGCACCUCUAACAGAAUUAGCACCAAUGUCUCCAGUUCUUCCUCCCACUGUUAGUGAGAGAAGUAAAGAUGCCUAUACAUUUAAACUGAGCGAUGAGGAAUCAAACAGUCCCAAACCUUCUUUGAAACCUGCCCCGCCAGGUGCUACAGUUUCUGCAACAGGUGUUGGAGUUUCAUUUAGUGUUGGUUCUGGUAUUAAAGGUCAAAAUCGUGAUAAUAAAACAGAAAGUAAUAAACCUUCUCCUGGUCAACUCUCACAACAAACAAUGCUGGAACAAUCAAAUUUAAAAAAGCAGGAUUGUAAGUUAAAGAAUGCUAAUUCAUGGUCCAGUUUAGCAAUGGGAGCAAACAGCAAUCAAGCUGGUGGAAGAAAAUCCAAUGCCAUGAGUAGUUUUGAACAAUUUAAAAAACAAGCCAAGGAAAAGGAAGAGAGGGAGAAAAUGAUACAAGAACAGGCAGUUAGAAGACAACAGCAGAAAGAAAAAGCUGAAAGAGAUCGAGUUAGAAUGGAACAAGAGAGACAGAGAGAAAAAGAUGAAGAUGAAGCUCUAGAAAUGGCCCGUAAAGCUCAAGCUCGACAAGAAGAUUUAGCAAGACAACAAGAAGCUACUAGACAACAAGAACUUGAAUCCGUAAACAGACAGAAGGAGUUGCAGCGCCAGAGAGAACAGGAACGAAGACGUAGAGAAGCUUUGGCGACUAAUAUAGACAUGAAUGCCCAAAGUGACAUAAUGGCCUCGUUUGAAGAAAUGUUUUAAAGGUUAACUCAAAUCGACAAAUAUUAUAGAUGAAAGUUGGAAAACCAAAACAUAGAAGGAAAUGUUUGUUUUGACUGAAAGUUUUGAUGUUCUAUUUGAAGAAAAUGGGAGUGAUGUUUCACAUAUGGUGCUUUAGGUGGGUGGGGUAAAACAUAAAACUACCCUGAAAAGUAUUGUCAAUUGAAUACGGAAUAAAGUGUGUAUUUAAAAGUGAUGAAUAAUACUAUAAUAACAACAUAAUGGUUUUGUGUGAACUAUAAACAAAAGUUUUUGACUAAUAGUGUAACAGUGUAGUGUGAUUGUGAAAUAGUCAUUAUUGAUGCGAGAUUUUAUACAUGAAAUGGACUAAAGUAUAAAAAUAUAACUGUAUUUUGUGAAGUGGGUUAUGUUUCCUAUUAAUUAUAUAAUGACUGAAACAUAAUGUAGUGUUAUUGAAGUACAUACUUGUGGUAUAUUAAACAAUAAAUAUGAUAUAUAGUGAUAAUAGACUGAAAUGUGUUUCUGUAUAUAUACAGUGAAUGUAAACUGGUGAAAUUGUAAUUUACCAGAAUUAAAAAGACAAUGAAAUUUCUUCAAUAGGUGCUUGAUAUCUGUACAAAUAAAUUAUUGCUUUUUUUUUAUUUUGCAUUGAAAUCUUAGUGUUAAAACUUAAUACUGUAAAAAGUUCUCCUCUCACAUCAUAAAUCAAUCUCACAACAGUAUUUGAAGUCAUUUUGUAUAUAAACAGAUCACCAUUGUUAGAAAAAUUUGACUUGUCAUUUUAAUGUUGAAUGGUAUUUUUUUUUUUUUUUUUUUGUAAUGUUUUCACUAGAUUGGAGAUAGUUUAUAUCCAUUUUGUUAUAUUGUGUAAAAAAAAUAAUAAACAUUGUUAAAUAAACCGAUAAAUGCCUUCACUAGCCACAUGAAAUCAUUGUAAAAAUAAAUGUUUUAACAACCUUGGAGCCUUGUUAGGAUAAACCUACAAGUCAUCAACAGGAAAAGGGAAUUAUUUCCUUUAGUAGAGCAUGUUUAAGUUUCUUCCAUUUGUAAAAUAUCUUGUAAUGGCCAGCCUUGUGUGUUCUGUUUAUCUUUAUUACAUAUUAUCUCUGUGAUGAAUGAUAUUUCAUGGUUUAUUACAAGUAUUAAUCCAACGUUACCGUUUCAAACAUAGUAAAUAAGUGGGGUUUAUACACAUGCUAUAUAGAGUUCGAAGUUUUAAGAUUUUAAACAAUAUGCUAAGAAUAUUAAAUAUAGAGCAUUUCUGAAUCCAAACAUUUUAAUCUAAACCCUGACCGUUUAUUCAAUAUUAGUUUCUGUAGAUAAACCUCAGUUUUAUGAUGUUGUUACAGUAAUAUUGAAACAAUCAGUAAACCAUCCUAUAUACAGUAUGCAGUAAUUGUAGUUAUCAUAUUAUAAAUAUUUAUACUAUAUAAUGUUGUAUAUUUGAAAAUAGCCAUGAUUGUCAAUGCAAAAGAAACAUACAAGUACAUUGCUGUAUUAUUCAUAACUAAUGAAUAUCAUUGUUUGUUUCUUUCUUGUUUCAGGUUAUCUGAUUUUGUAUUGCUUCCCUGUGUGCUCAUUUUCUUUAUAAAAACUAAACAUAGAAAAAAAUAUAACUGAACAUGUUCUAUAUAGUAUAUUCAUCAUCAUUAUUAUUGUUUGUAUUUAAAACUUUGUAAUUCAAAGUUAAUUUUGUGUAAUUGUCUGCAUGCAUCAUAGUCAUGAGUUUAAACACUUAUGGUAAGUGUUAUUUAUAAAUUGUAUAUUCUAAAUACAAGAAGUUUUUGCUUUCAUUAAAAUUUCUGCUUGUGUCACAUGUAAAUGAUCCAACAUAUGUAUAAAACAUCAGUGCAAUGAAAUUCCAUAAAGAAGAGUUUGUAGAUUUCUAUUAUUUCAGUAAAAGUAUGAUUGUAAUAUUCAUUUAAAAACAGGAUUUAUAUCAAACAUUUUUCUCUUUUCAUAAUUAUACUGUAAAUAUGAGAUCGCAAAUACAUCAGAAUCCUG